UGUGUAUUGUGUGUGUAUCACUGUGCGUGUGUGUUUGUUUAAAAGAGAAAGGGAGGUAAAGAGAGAGGAGGAGGAAGAAAAGGAAAGCAUCUACCUGUAGGCAAUUUAAGUGCACAAGAAAAGGUGUGUGAGCGUUUUGAAAAAAGUGUGUGUUUACGGGAAUAUUUUCUUUUCUCUCUCUGUGUGCGUGCAGCGCGCGCGCGCGCGCGUGUGUUUACACAGACGGGAAUGCUACGCCAGAGGAAGUGCGCCGGUUCUCCGUCUGCGCGUCUCGACUUCCUGCUCUGAGGCAGGGCAGGGAAAAGCUGCAGAUCCGCUUUCAGACGGCAGCGGCAUGGAUCCCCGACACAACACACACACAGCGCUCUAAGACACAAACACACGCCUCGCACACGGCCAGAGGAGCAGAGGAGGAGCGGCCGUCCACAGCAGGAUUGCCUGUGUCUCUGGUGUCAUCUCGUCAUGGAGAGCUCCAUCACACUGUGGCAGUUCCUGCUGCAGCUGCUGAUCGACCAAAGCCACAAACAUCUCAUCUGCUGGACGUCCAACGAUGGCGAGUUCAAGCUGCUGAAGUCGGAAGAGGUGGCCAAGCUGUGGGGGCUGCGUAAGAACAAGACCAACAUGAACUACGAUAAGCUGAGCAGAGCUCUGCGCUACUACUACGACAAAAACAUCAUCAAGAAGGUGAUCGGCCAGAAGUUUGUCUACAAGUUUGUGUCGUUCCCUGAGAUCCUGAAGAUGGACCCCGCGGUGGUGGAGUCGGGUCGCAGCAGCGAGGAAAGUGGGGGCGCAACGUCAGAGCCCGAGGGUGACGAGGAGGACGGGAGGAACCAGUACCUCCACUCCGGCCUGUACUCCCCCUUUGCCGGAAGCUCCCUGCAGCACCCCAUGGAGCAGCGUCGGCCAAUCAAGACGGAGCCCCGAUCCGACCACUACGGCGACGGCUCCUCCGUCAUCCGAUUCUCAACCAACCGCGGGCACUCCUCCCUGCCCCCCACCCCACCACCGUCCUCGGCCGAGACCUCCCAUUCCUCCAGGCCGUCGCCGGUGCAGGCCCGCUCUUCCUCCUGCUCGUCCUCCUCCCCGCCGCAGAGCCCGGCACAAGCACUGUGGAGGGGGCGGGGCCACAGCUCAGAGACUAAUGAGUUAGAGCACAGUGCCCAACCUCUGAACCUCUCAUCUGGUCAGCGGGAGAGAGAGAGGUCACAGGCGAUGCAGGAGAGCAGGAGAUUUGCCAACAGCGGGCCUUUGAAAAGCAGGAAACCCAAAGGUUUAGAAAUCUCCGCCUCCUCGCUUCUCCUGACAGGAAGCGACCUCGUCUCCAUUGCUCUCAACAGCCCGGCACUGCCUUCAGGCUCCCUGACCCCUGCCUUCCUCACCACACAGACUCCGUCCGGUCUGCUGCUCACUCCCAGCUCUCUGCUCUCCAAUAUCCAUUUCUGGUCCAGCCUGAGUCCAGUGGGACCACUCAGCCCUGCACAACUGCAGAGCCAUGGCCCCCUCUUUCAGGUAAUGCAGACAUAUGCAACCCCACCCAUUUGGUGUUGCUGUAUAUGCGAGGAGCCCAGAGACAGCAUGUUGUCCGAACACAGGAAUAGCCAAUCCAGACGUUUAUCCGACACAACCGGCCUGAAUCCUACGUUGAAAAUCUGACAAGAAUGACGAGUAGCUCCUUUUGUUAGUCAACGUCAAUGCUUAGAGAUAGAUGUUCUUGGGUUAGUCAGUUCGCUAACUGUGAACUGGUUAUCCUAAAUGUAACUUAGGAUAAUGCACACAUAAAAUGUAUUCAGAGACCGCUAUUUUGCUCCUGUAAACCUUUUGUUUCACACUACAGAUUUACCUUGUGCUUUGUUUUCAAACAUCUGUGUGCUUGUGUUGGUGUGUGUGUGUGUGUGUGUGCGACUUGCUGCGUACCACGGUUUCAAAAUAAGCCACAGAUGUUUCCGUUCUGGUUUGGACUAAAAGAGGGGGCAACUUCCUGUUGGUAAGGGGGAGCAGGAGACGGCUGGUUGGUCAGGAGCCCCUCCCAGCCAUGUCGACUCUCUUGACACGAACACGUGCACAGCUCCAAAAAUCAAAAUGGAAGAACUCCAUUUAUUGGCCAGUAAAUGAAGUCCUUGCAAUGGAUGUCGGUCCUCACAGUGCUGGUGUACCACUACGGUGCCCAGAAUGCAAUGUAGCAAGAGUCAGAAUAGAGAGCUGUUGGAAUUUGUUACAUAAUUCACCUCACGCAGAACAUCCAUUUAUCUCAUCUUACUGCGCAAAUCCCCGUAGGAAAGCAUUGACACAUUUUAUCAUCAUUAUUAAUGUAAUAAAUAGAAUCUAGUCAUGAUCAAUACAUCCAUAUACUUGUGUAUGCACAUUUUAAUUGACCCUACGUUUUCAAUCAGUGUAAAGCCACGAUGAUUUAAGCCAUUUACAGUAUUAAUUCUUCUUAAAGCUCUGUUGGUUUUGAACAUUUCAGACUUCAGCAACAAAAAGUCCCUUUUAAAAUUGGUAUAACAUUUAUUUGACGAAGAAGUUAUAACUAAUAGUUCCUCACACCUUAUCUAUCUGGCUGAAGAAGGAAAGUAUAUUUCACUUCAGCCAAAAGAAAAUGACACUAACAAAUGUCAUGCUUCUCUUCAGACAUUUUCUUUAGGGAAAGUAAAUAUGAUCCGAGUCUUCCCCCUCUAACCCUCCUCCACCUGUCCCCCUGCAGUUCCCCACUCUGCUGAAUGGAAACAUCCCUGUGCCUUUACCCAGCAUGGAUGCUCGCUCUCCUCUGCUGCUCUCCCCCAGCUCCCACAAGUGCUGAUGCCGGCCUAAUCCCCGGGAGCCAAGUGGGCCAAACCGAGCCAGGCCGGAUCGGGCACGGAGCCGAUCCGCCUUAGACUCUGACCAUGAACCACACAGGAGUCUGACCCGAGACCUGAUCCUGUUGAUUUAUCAGAUGAAGAAAGAGGACCAUAGACAUUUCUGUGUGUUUACUACAGUUUCACUCCUUGUGUUCUUCAUGUGGGUGUUUGGUGCUUCUUUUCAAAUAAAUUGAGCGGAGGUUAAACCUCCUUACAUUUCUCAUCUCAUUUUAAACUUCAGUGAUACAGACUGGUUGCAGUUUCAUUAGUGUUAUCCCUAUUUAACACUCCUGUCAAAAUCCACACCAGGGAUUCAAACAAUAAUCUGGGGAAAUCCUUAUCAGGUGUUAUGACCCGCUGGUUGUGGCUACACAUUUAAAUGAGGAGUUGUUGUCAAUCUUCUCAAUUUAUUCUCUUCCAAGUAGGUUUCGAAAAUGUGGAGCUUUCAUUUCAAUUGAACAAAUCUUACUAUGUGACCAUUUUUCUGGUUUAAACACAACCAUCAAAAAGCUGUUGGUUGUUUUUAAACCACAAAACUGCUCACAUCGUAAGAUUUGUCAACAAAGUACAACGAGUGACACAACGUAGAUAAUUUUUUAUAUUUUUAAAACAACUUGAUGAAGAUUUGUCUAGAUGUUGUUUGAGGAUGAAUCCAUCACUGACUCCUAGCAGAGACCUGCUAGCUAGCACGUUAAAACGUUGUUGAAGUCUUUUCAUUUUGUCUCCUGCAUUUCUUUGACGCUGUGAAUUUGGUUUUAUCUGUAUAGUGUCACGAUUUUCUUUUUUAAAAUGCACUGUACUUUUCAGCUCUGUACCAGCUGUGCCUUCAAUAUUGUAAGACUUGUGUAAAUGUAUUAAGCUUAAAACCAGGUUUUAAUAGAUAUUCAAGGUCAAAAUUGCACAAAUGCUUUUAUUUUGUAAAAUGGCUCCUGGUUAUUUUUUAUAAAGAAAUUAAUGGAAAUGUA